AUGCCGCCCAAGAGAGGCCGCCCGUCAAACGCGCAGAGGGAAGCAGAGCGCGGUGCUGCAGCGUCAAAGGGAAAGGCUGCUGCUGCUGCUGCUGCUGCUGCUGCUCAGGAGCCGGCGCACUCUCCCAACGGUUCCAUCACCGUGUCUGUCGGUGGUCCAUCUGCCGCUGCCGAGCCUGAGACGGCUAAGCCUGCCAGCAUGAUCACGCCUCGGACAUCUGCCAGUGCCUCGAAGAAAGGCAAGGGCCAGGCACAGCCGGAGACCGCUGCAAAUGCCACUGCAGAAGAGCCCGACGCCUCCAGCACACCUAAUGCCGUGGACGCAACGACCAACGGCGCCACUCCCAUCGCCACCAAGGAAAGCAAACCCAACAGCAAUGGCACCCCAAAGAAGAACGAUGAGACAGCGCUGGUUGUCACCAGCAACGGUAACAGUGACGUGAUCAUCAGCAAGAACAGCAAGCACAACGACACAACAGCCUUGACCCGAGGCGGUGCAUACACUGCAGCCUCACGCGUCAUCGGCACUGGAUACGAGAACAUUAACAACAUCGAAGAGAUUCAGCUUCGCCAGCUCCACGAGGACAUCGACGCCUACCAGCACGACCUGGCCUUCUGCACCGCCACCCUGGCUUUGCCCGACCUCACCCCCCAGGAAACCCGCACUUUCCAGCUCCGCCAGCUCGAUCUCGGCCACCAGAUCCGCCACUGCCAGCACAAGAUCGAGAAUCUCCAGGUCCAGAUGCGCCGGCAGGGAAUUCCCUUUACCAACUACGGCGCGUCGAGUGGUGGACGGGCGUACACGGCCUCGUUGCUUGCCGGAUCGGGUCAAGUAGCGGGCGUGAAGCGGAGCGGUCCGUCAGAUGAUGACGACGACGGCGGUAAGACCACGGGAUCGGCCAAGAAGGCGAAGCUGACUCCCGAUGAGCCGCAGUUGUUGGACGCAGACGGCGACGAGGCGAUGACCAAUGGCGCCAGCAAGGAGGGGGAGAGGGAGAGAGGCAGCAGUCCUAACGGCAACUCGUCUGGCUCACCCCAACCCCUUCCUUAUGGCACGCCCGGAACCUGGGAGUACAACGUCCCUCUACAUCCUACCUACCAGCAUCCGCAAAACGGUGGCAGCGGCGCCUCACCAACACCAUUCGACGAAGAAACCCAGCAAAACACAGCACUCCAGCGACUCGGUUAUUGGAAGUGUCGCCUGUGCUCAGCACCCAAGUAUCUUUUGGCCGGAACUGGCCGCUCCCCCGCCGCCCCCUGCAAGUGGCCGCUCAAGGACAUCUCCAAGAUGAUUACGCAUUUUACGGAAAUGCACACGGAGCAUAGUCCGGCCGAGCGUUGUUCGGAGCUGGGUUACGCACUCGCUAAAAAUCGGGGACCUUUCGAGUACUGGCUGCGUCGCACGAGGGCGCAGAACGUGGGCGAUGGCGAAAUUAUUGAUGAGAUCAUUGAGACCUUGAUCAAUGGCGUGAUGCCGCUUACGUUGAGGAGGCUGAGUAGGGCGGCGGCUGGGAUGCCGGCUUAG